AUGUCAUCAGAGGGACCUGGACAAGCUGGAGUAGUGGGCCUGUGUGAAAACCUCAUGGGGUUCAACAGGGUCGAGUGCAAAGUCCUGCACCUGGUUCGGGGCAAUCCUCGUUGUCAGUACAGGCUAGGGGAUGAUGUGAUUGAGAGCAGAGCCGUAGCACUGAAGAAUCUUGAAAUAAAAGAAAAUGCACUGAGUCAGUUGGAUGUGCCAUUUAAAGUUAAAGCAGGACAUAUUGGUCAACUUAACCUACAGAUUCCAUGGCAAAACCUUUAUACUCAACCUGUUGAGGCAGUUCUUGAUGGUGUUUAUUUGCUUAUUGUGCCUACAGCCAGCAUAAAAUAUGACGCUGAAAAAGAAGCAAGGCAGCUCUUGGAAGCAAGACAAAGGGAAUUGCAAAGGAUAGAGGAAGCAAAGCAGAAAAUAGCUGACCAAGAUAAAGUAAAAGAAGAGAAACAAGACACUUUUGUAGAAAAACUAGUCACUCAGGUCAUCAAAAAUCUUCAGGUGAAAAUUUCCAACAUCCAUAUUCGCUAUGAAGAUGAUAUCACAAAUCGGAAUAACCCUUUGUCAUUUGGGAUUUCACUUCAGAAUCUAAGUUUGCAGACCUCAGAUAAGAAUUGGAAUCCAUGUUUACAUGAUGAAACUGCCAAGUUGUUCUACAAGCUUGUACGACUGGAUAACCUUUUUGCUUACUGGAAUGUGAAAUCAGAGAUGUUCUACCAUGGUGGUUGUGAUGAAUCAUUGGUCAACUUAAAACAGGGAGUUGCCAGCCACAAUGUGAUUCCAGAAGGUUAUGAUUUUGUAUUCCGCCCAAUUUCAGCUAAAGCCAAACUACUUAUGAAUCCUCGAUCUGAUGUUGACUUUUCAUCACCAAAAAUGGAUUUAGAUGUAAAUUUACAGGAUAUUACUGUUGAAUUCAAUAAGCCACAGUACUUCAGUGUUAUGGAGCUUCUUGAGUCUAUUGAUAUGAUGACCCGAAAUCUGCCUUAUAGGAAAUAUAGACCUGAUGUUCCGUUGCACAACAAUGCCAAGACAUGGUGGAAAUAUGUCAUUUAUGGCAUCCUUGAAGUAAACGUUCAACCCAAGCUCCAAAUGUGGUCUUGGGAACAUAUUCGACACCAUAGGAAACAAGUGAAGAACUAUAAAGAUAUGUAUAAAACCAAGAUAACAUCUAAAAAACCUAGUGAAGAAAUCUUAAAAUUCUUAGAGGAAUUCGAAAAGGCCUUGGAUAUUUUUAACAUCACUCUAGCAAGGCAACAAGCAGAAGUUGAGGCAACUAAGGCUGGAUUAAAGAUCUACAGACCAGGAGUAAAACAAGAUGAUGAAAAUUCUAGUGGCUGGUUUAGUUGGAUGUGGAGCUGGUCAGGUGAAAAAAAGGAUGAACAAAAACAAGAAGUGAAGGGUUCAAGUCUUGAAGAGCUGAUGACACGUGAAGAAAAGGCUAAACUUUAUGCAGCGAUUGGAUAUAGUGAAACAGCUGUGGAUCCAACCCUUCCAAAAUCAUAUGAAGCCAUGAAGCUCUCUGUGAAGUUACUCAGCAUGUCUAUAUCAAUAAGAGAAAACAAGCAAACUCCUGAGCUGGUAGAAUUUGCGUUAAUUGGCUUGACUACAGUAUUUACCCAGCGACCAGGCGCACAAGCAAUAAGAUUUGAAACACAGAUUACCUCACUUGAAGUUACAGGCAUGGCCCGAGAAAAGUGUACACCCCGUCUCCUAUCUUCUCGAACUGUCUAUUCAGACAAGAGUACCUCACUGUUAAGCAUAAUGUUUGAGACUAAUCCUUUGGAUGAGAAAGCAGAUCAGAGGCUUAGAAUAGAAUCACAGCCACUGGAAAUAGUGUAUGAUGCAAUGACAAUAAAUAGCUUAGUGGAUUUCUUCAGGCCUCCAAAAGAUGUACAUUUAGAGCAACUGACUUCAGCAACCCUGAUGAAGCUUGAAGAGUUCCGUGAAAAAACAUCAACAGGUUUGCUGUAUGUUAUUGAAACCCAGAAAGUUCUUGACCUCAAGAUUAAUCUCAUGGCUUCAUACAUCAUUGUUCCACAAAAAGGAUUCUAUGACUGUGCAUCAAAUUUACUACUUCUAGAUCUUGGUAGUCUUAAGAUGAAAAGUAAAAGUCGUUCUGAUUUAUCAGAACUCAAAGUAGGGCAAAGCACUAUUGAAGAUAUAAUGUCAAGAGCUUACGACAGUUUUGAUAUCCAGCUCAGCAGUAUACAGUUACUGUACAGCAAACAUGAUGAGAACUGGCAAGAGGCUCGGAAGCUGAAGUGUUCAUCUCAACAUAUCUUGCAGCCCUUGGAUGUAAAAGUGGAAUUUAGCAGGGCUAUGGUUGUUACAGAUGCAAGAAUGCCCAAGUUCAAACUGUCUGGACAGCUGCCUUUACUUUCCAUCCAAAUAUCAGACCAGAAGCUGACGAGUAUCUUGGAGCUGAUUGAUAGUAUUCCCAAACCAGAAAGUGCUCCUGCUGCCAGUUCGGCUCCAAAAAUAACUGAGGCUGCAAUAUCCCCUGUGCUCUCAGCACCACAUUUAUCGCAAGGUGUGUUUCCUGUUUUGGAUCUUCAUUCAUUUGCUGAGUCAGAAUCAGAAGAAGAAUUCUAUGAUGCUCUAAGCAGUCCUGUGGAAGACAUGCCAUUUUUUGAAGCCUCAUCCGUUUCCCUCAAGCGAGCUAGCAGUACGAGGAGAAAAAAACUACAUAAACAAGAAUCUCUGAAAAAUAUGACAGAAUUCCAGCUAAGGUUUGAAGUAGCAGAGGUCUUAAUUAAAUUAUGCCGUCUUAUUGGUACUACUGAGACACCUGUGCUGCAGCUUGAUAUUGUGGGCUUAGGCACUGAACUUAAAUUAAGAACAUUUGACAUGACUGCAAAUGCUUUCCUUCGUGAAGUUUGUCUGCUGUGCCCGGAGUAUAUGGAUGAUAAUGACAAGCCAGUUUACAUAAUUACUACUUUGGAUAAUGUGGAAGAUGAUCUUCUCACUCUGGAGUACAUAAAGGCUGAUAUUAACGGACCAGAACUGAAAACUGCCUAUCAGAAUGUUCUGCAGAAAAUAAAGGUGAACUUUUCAUCUCUAGAUAUUCAUUUGCAUACUGAAGCUCUGCUGAAUGCUAUGAACUAUCUGAAUAAUCUCCUACCCAAACAAGAAACUAAAGUUGCAGAAGAACCGGUCCAUGAAAAAGUAGAGGAGAAGAGGGACGUUCUAAAGAAAUUAACAUCUAAAAAAUCGAAGUAUGAAGAUGUUAUCGACCUCAACAUCUGUGCAGAUUUAUCCUGUUUACGCAUCUUCAUUAGAGAGAAAAAGCAUAGAAUAGCUGAAAUUCACAUUGAAGGUCUGGAUAGCCAAGUCAUCAUGAAGAAAGCAGCAACAGAAGUGACUGCUAAAUUAAAGAAUAUCAUUAUUGUGGAUUCUGAUGAACUGGCAUUGUAUAAAAAGGCUCUUUACAUCACAGGAAAAGAAGUCUUCAACUUCAGAAUGGUAUCAUAUGUGAAUGCUACAGAUGGCAUUGCAUAUACAAAUAUGGAUGUUGUUGACAGUCGUAUUUACUUAACUGUUGGAUGUAUUCAAGUAGUUUUUGUCAACAAGUUUGUUUCAUCUAUUUUGGCUUUUAUAAAUAACUUUCAAGCUGCCAAGGAAGCUCUUACUGAGGCAACUGUUCAAGCAGCAGAGAAAGCAGCUACAGGUGUAAAAGAGCUGGCAGAGCGUAGUUCCCGUUUGGCACUGGAUAUCAAUAUUAAAGCACCAGUUGUGAUAGUUCCACAGUCAGCUAUGUCUGCAAAUGUCCUGGUGGCUGAUCUUGGUCUAAUUACUGUGAAGAACCAAUUCUUUAUUGCUAAAACAAAAACACGGUAUAAUCUCCCACCUGUUGUUGAUUCUAUGACGGUGAAACUGAGUGAACUAAAGCUAUACAGAUCAUGCUAUGAGCAGGGUUCAUUGCAAACUGAAGUACAGUUGCUACAGCCGCUCAAUCUGGAAGUAGCUGUUGAGCGAAAUUUAGCUGCUGCAUGGUAUAAUGAAGUUCCUGAUAUUGAAAUAUCUGGACGACUCAAGCCUAUGAAUCUAAUUCUCAGUCAGGAAGAUAUUACCACAAUAUUGAGGACACUAAAUGAAAACAUAGGUGGAAGUUCUGAUGUCUCAGCAUCUUUACCAGAACCAAAAGAUACAACUAGCCAUAGCAGUGAUAUUCACAGUACUUCACAGCACUCUGCAGGUGUGACUGUUGUGACAUCAGCUGUGGUGGAAUUGCAUUCACCUAUGAAAAUAAAAACAACACUAAAACUGGACUUCAGAUUUGACUCUCUGACUUUAGUAUUGUAUAGUCCAAAUUCAAAACAGCUUACAAAUUUGGAUCAGAGAGAUGACCUUUUGAAGCUUGCAGAGUUUAAGUUAGUUUUGAUGUCAGCUGCUGUCAAAAUGUUGUCAGAUGGUUCAAUGAACGCUUCAGUCAAGCUGGCAAACUGUACAUUGGAUGAUAAAAGACAGUCAAUCCAGAAGGCUACACCACGGAUGGUGGAAAUGAAACACGGAUUUGAAAAGAAAGUUAUGAUGGAUAUAAGCUAUAAGCAGGGGAGAGAUGGCACUAUUCUUGAUGUGAUUGUUCAAGAGAUUUACCUUUGUGCAAGCAUGGAGUUUCUACUUACUGUUGCAGAUAUAUUCCUAAAAGCUAAUGCAGAAAGUGCUGCUGCGCAGAGAAAUCUCAAACAGUCAUUGCCUUUAAAGGACCAAGCACCUGUGCAGCCUGUAUCUACCAUGGAAAUGAACAUUGUUGUUAAAAAUCCAGAGAUUGUGUUUGUGGCUGAUUUGACAAGAAGUGAUGCUCCUGCCUUGGUGGUUACAACACAGUGUGAAGUCUUCAUUAAAAAUAACCCUGAACGGUAUAGUAUGACAGCUGCCGUUAAAGAGCUACAAAUGAGAGCAUGCCCAUUUCUUCCAGAAAACAGGAAAGGGAAUAUUACUACGGUAUUACAGCCUUGUGACUUCUUCUUUGAAAUGAAGCAGUCAGGUACUAAUCCACAGACAGCUGAUCUAAUGAUUAAAUCUCUAACAAUAAAAGUUUCACCAAUAAUCAUAAACACAGUAAUUACUAUUACAUCAGCCCUGUAUCAGACUGCAGAAACAACAGAAGACGAGAUUAGCCAAAUUCCUCCAGACUUGUGGAAUAAGAAAGAUAUAAAAAAUCUAAAGAUGUGGUUUCUUGAAGAGUCAAAUGAGAAUGAAGAUACAAAUCCAACCGCUGAACUGGUUCCCACAGGAGAGUCAUUGAAAAUGAGUAUAGAAUCCGUUUUUCUAACAUUGGAAGCUGGGGUUGGUCAUCGAACUGUACCAAUGCUUCUAGCUAAGUCCUCAUUUCUUGGAGAAGUCAAAAACUGGAGUACCCUGAUCAACCUACGUUCUCGUCUUGAACUAGAGGUACACUAUUUUAAUGAGAUGUUUGGGGUGUGGGAACCUUUGCUUGAACCCCUAGAAGUUGAGAAGACUGAUUUUUUCAAACCAUGGAUUCUUGAAAUCAAGAUGAAGAAGAAAGCUAAAAAAGCAUUGGUUGAAUCAGAUGCAGAAGAAGAAAACUACAAAGUUCCAGAAUAUAAAACAGUAAUAAAUAUUUCCUCAAAAGACCAGCUGAACAUUACACUGUCCAAAUGUGGGCUACACAUGCUGAGUAACUUGGGCAUGGCAUUUGCUGAAGCAGCUAGUCAAACUUCAGAUAUCUUCAAAAAAGACCGAGCACCGUUUGUAAUAAUAAAUUCUUUAGGACUUCCCAUCACUGUCUCGCCUAGUGAUUCCUUUAGUGUCCUUAAUGUUGAAUUUGGAGCAAAAAUAUUUCAUUUAAGAGAUGGAGACAAUUUAAAUAUGGAAUUUGUCAGAACCAAAAAUGAGAGUGACCAGUUCACAGCAAUGACAACUCUGAGUAGCAAGAGGUUUUACAUUCAGAUCUGUCCACAUAAUCAUUCCACUGUGGAAAAGAUUCCAUUGACAAAAGUGGGUCGGUGUAUUUACAGAGUAAGACAUGAAGAAUCAGGUGUUGAAAGAUCCAUUGUCUGCCAAAUUGAUACUGUUGAAGGAAGCAAAAUGAUAACUAUACGUUCUCCUAUUCAGAUAAGGAAUCAUUUUUCAAUCCCAUUAAAUAUUUUUGAGGAAGGAAGAUGUUUAGGAACUGCUUCACCAGAAAAUGAAUUCAACAUACCAUUGUCUUCUUACAGAUCCAUGUUGAGCUUGCAACCACUGUCCAAUGAAGAUGGAGUGGCUGGAGAGUACGAUAUGUGUGAAGGAAUUACAUUUGAUGAAAUUAUGAAAAAUGUUGGCAGUUUGUUGCAAAGGAAAUGCCAGUCCAUGAAGUCUACUAACCAGUCACUUAUCAUCAAUAUUGUUCCUGUAAAAGACACGUUGAUGUCUUCAUUGUGUGCAGAAGAUCAGUGGGAUUUUCCAUAUGUUGUUCAUUUGUGGCCUUCUGUUCUUCUCCGCAACCUUCUUCCAUAUCAAAUAACUUAUUCUGUAGAGGGAAACGGGAACAAAUGUGACACUCUACAAGAAGGAUGUUCAGCCCAGAUUCAUAAUGCAGUCUUGGAUCAAACUAAACUAGAUUUACAGUUGCUUAACUAUCUUGAUCAAAAUUGGAAGAGUGAGUACCAUAUAAAAAGCGAUCUACCCUAUAUCAGCUUCACAACAUUUUACUGCAUCACGGAGCUGGAUAAAACUGAACUGGAUAUUGCUAUCCGUGUGACUUACACAACUGGACAGGUGGUUAUAGCAAUUCACAGUCCAUACUGGAUGGUAAAUAAAACUGGCCGAAUGUUGCAAUACAAAGCUGAUGGUAUUCACCGCAAACAUCCUCCGGAUUAUAAAAAGCCACUCCUUUUUUCUUUCCAGCCCAAAAACGUCUUCCAAAAUAAUAAGGUGCAGCUUAUGGUAACUGACAGUGAACUGUCUGAUCCAUUUUCACUGGACACUGUUGGAAGUCAUGGGGCUGUGAAAUGCAAGAGUCAUAAAAAGGAAUAUCAAGUUGGUGUCACCAUAAACAACAGCAGUUUUAAUAUUACUAGAAUUGUAACUUUCACUCCAUUUUUCAUGAUCUCAAAUAGAAGCAAAUACACAUUGGAAGUAGCUGAAGAAGGCAAGGAAAAGUGGAUUCCUAUUGUUCUGCAACAG